AUGAAAGCCACUACCCAGCUGCGCCAGAUGCUCGCCUCCGACCGGAUGGUCGUUGCGCCCUUCGUACUCAACGCCCUGCAUGCCCGCAUCGCCGAAGACGUGGGGCACCAGGCCGUCUACAUGACCGGCGCCGGCACCGCCGCCGAGCGCGGCUUCCCCGAUGUCGGCCUGCUCACCAUGACCGAAAUGGUAGCCAACGCCAAGUACAUCGCGGACGCCGUCAACAUCCCGGUUAUCUGCGACGCCGAUACCGGGUACGGGAACCCCCUCAACGUGCACCGCACCGUCCGCGAGUACGAAGCCGCCGGCGUGGCUGCCCUCCACCUCGAAGACCAGGUGUUCCCCAAGAAGUGCGGCUUCUUCGCUGGCAAACAGGUGGUGCCCGCCGAGGAGCACGUCCAGAAAAUCCGCGCGGCCCUCGACGCCCGCACCGAUCCCGACUUUGUCAUCAUCGCCCGCUGCGACGCCUACGCGGUCACCGGCUGGGAGGAUACCGUGCGACGCUGCCGUGCCUACGUCGAGGCGGGCGCCGAUCUCGUUUUCGUCGAUGGCAUCAAGUCCCAGGACGACAUCCAGCGCUACGCCGCCGACCUGGCCGACGUGCCCCGCAUGUACAACGGCGACCUGGCCACGACGCAGACCAUGGACGAACUGGGCUACAAGAUCAUGAUCUGCGGCAGCACCAUCUGGCUCAUUUACAAGCAGGUGCGCGCCGCCUACGAAGAGCUCAUGAGCGCCGGCAAAGUGGACCCCGACCGCUUCGGCACCCGCUGGGACGUCGCCUCCGUGCUUGGGCUGGACGCCAUUUACGAGCUGGAAAAGAAGUACGGCGUGCAGGACGUGGGCACCGACGUCGCGGGCCUCGCCGCGGCCCAGGCCGCGCAGAUGGCCGCCGACGCUGCCGUGCUCACCCCUGCGGACGACUAA